UUCAGAUAUCAUGACAGAGGGGGAGAGUAGGAUGCGAUUACGUCGCACAAAUUCAACCUCAAGGGCCGAAGACAUUGUGACAGAAGAUGCGAAAGUUAGAAAAUCUCAACCAGAUAAACCUAUUCAUAGUCCACGUGAUUCUCUUAUUUCUUGGGGCUCAACAUUUAACAAUUUUGAGGGAAUGGUGAACUGGGCGUUUUUGUUGCUCGUGAUGGGCGGUCUCAGGCUAUGUUUGGAGAACUUGAAUAAGUAUGGAGUACGAGUGAACCCAAAUUCGAUAAUCACAGCAUUUUUAAAUCACGUAACUGACGAGAACGCGAGCUUUAUCUCCUUCUACCUCCUCCUCUACACUAAUGUACCAAUACUUCUCAUCCUUCUUGUAGAGAAACUUAUCGUCAAGGAUAUCAUAACCUGGCGAAUGGGAUGUUUUGUGCACAUGACCAAUCUGCUCUUGAUGCUGCUCAUUCCAAUCCUUGUAAUUAACGUUAGAUCUGAAGAUAUUGGUGUAUUGGCUGCUACUGUAACAACAGCUGUUUAUUCUAUUCUCUUCUUGAAGAUGUGGUCUUACAUUCAAGUAAAUCAUUGGUGUAGAUGUAGUAUAACUAUUUUGGGACAAAAAAGAGCAAGACACACAUCUAUUUACAGACAAGCUUCCAUAAUUAUGGAUAAAAACCUGUACAAAGCGUCUUCACCAAAAUCUCUUGCUGAUGAGAAAGAAGCCAUAAAGGAAAAAGGUAACACAGAUUCAAUAGGAUUAAAACCAGUUACUUGGCCAGAUAAUCUUUCUCUUCGGGAUAUUUACUAUUUCUGGUUUGCUCCGACAUUAUGCUAUGAACUAAACUUCCCAAGGGCAUCAAGAAUCAGAAAACUUUUCCUCCUGAGGCGAGGACUUGAGGUUGUUAUUGUGUCGUCACUCGCUAUUCCAAAUCAUCUACUCUGGCUCAUUUGGUUUUAUUUGCUCUUCCACUCAUUCUUAAAUUCUAUUGGAGAAAUUCUUCAAUUUGCUGACAGGGAUUUCUACCAUGAUUGGUGGAACGCAAAUAAUAUUGCGAAAUUUUGGAGUACCUGGAAUUUGCCAGUACACAGAUGGUGUGUGCGACAUCUUUAUAAACCUCUUCUUCAUGCCGGCUGCUCAAAGACGACUGGGAUGCUGGUCGUAUUCUUCACCUCGGCAUUCUUCCACGAGUACCUUAUUUCCGUUCCUCUCAGGGUAUUCAAGAUCUGGGCUUUCCUAGGUAUGAUGGUUCAGGCCCCACUGUUUCCUUUUACAAGGUUUAUACAGAAAAGGGUUGGACCAAGAAUGGGAAAUAUAAUGGUCUGGGUUUCAUUAAUCCUUGGUCAACCUUUGGCUGUUAUGAUGUACUAUCAUGAUUUCGUGGUGGAACAUUUUGGUCGAGAUCUAAUCACAGCUUACGGAGAAAUCAAUUCUUUUAAUACAUCCCAGCCCAUCAUUAUAUAAUCCUUCACUUGUAUCCAAUUAUUUAUAAUCAUUCAAUUGUAUUCUAUUAUUUAUAAUCCUUCAAUUGUAUCCAAUCAUUAUAUAAUCCUUCAAUUGUAUCCAAUCAUUAUAUAAUCCUUUAAUUGUAUCCUGUCAUUAUAUAAUCCUUCAAUUUUAUCCAAUCAUUAUAUAAUCCUUCAAUUGAAUUCAAUCAUUAAAUAAUCCUUCACAGAGAGAUACAAUCCUUUAAUCUCAGCAUUUUAAUUCUUUUAUGCACAAUAAGACCCAUAAAACUGUGGAAAAGAGAGUCGAC